AUGUCGUCUUCCAUUCCCCUUACUUCGCGAACAUCUUACGACGAAUACCUUGACGCUGACAGUCAUGUUGAGCUACUUCUUGGUGGUAAAGGAGACCGCAGACAAGAUGGAUGGGUAGUCCGACGCUGGUGUAACAGUGCAAGAACCUUUCUACGAGAUCUUAUACCUCGAAGCAACCGGUUUCACAAACGACGGGCUACUUGGAGAGGGAAAAGCUACAUAUUCCGUCGCAUGCUAAAGUAUACCUGCUACUUAAUCGCAGGAUUCAUUUUCGUCUCAGUCCUAGAAGCCUUCUUUUACCCGUCUUACCAACGACCGCCAGAACAUUACAACCAACUGCGUGAAAGAAUAAUCAGUUCUACAGGGCCCGCGCGUGGGAACCCAGAUAAGGAGAAAAUAUUCAUCGCGGCAAACAUAGUCAAGGCAGACUUGAUCCGUGGACCAUGGGGUGCCUCGCUGCUAGAGCUUGUGGAUAUACUUGGUGAACAAAAUGUCUUCGUGAGCAUCUACGAGAAUGAUAGUGGAAAUUCAACGAGUGAUGCUCUUAGCAGCCUACAGGCAAAGCUUCCAUGUAAUUCGUCAGUGGUCACAGGAGAUCAUCUGGAAUUAUCGAGCUUGCCAAAAACUAUAUUGCCCGGUGGUGGGCAACGUACAAAGAGAAUCGCAUAUCUCGCGGAAGUACGGAACCGUGCUCUUAGACCGUUGAACUCUUCAUAUAUCCCUACCUCAGCGGAGUCCCAAAGUGGAUUUCGCCAUACAACAACACAGUUUGACCGCGUAUUAUUCUUGAACGACAUAUACUUUGCAGCUACAGACGCGGUUCAGUUGUUAUUUUCAACCAAUGCAGAGAGAAGUGGCCGAGCGGACUACCAUGCCGCUUGUGCAAUCGACUUUGUCGCCAACGUGAUGUUUUACGAUACCUUUGUGGUCAGAGAUACUGAAGGAUUUGGCAUGGGUCUGAUGUUUUUCCCUUGGUUUGCAGCAUCUGGAAAAGCCGAAAGCCGCCAGGCUGUACUUGCUGAAAGCGAUGCUGUUCAGGUCCGCAGCUGUUGGGGAGGGAUGGUUGCAUUCGAUGCUAGGAUAUUUCAGAAUUUUGAAGCUGGUUCUUCGGAUCUAGUUAUGAGUUUUCGUCAUGAGCCAGAGCCUUUCUGGGAAGCCGCUGAGUGCUGUCUAAUCUUUGCUGAUAUCGAAGACUCCUUCCACCCACCGAACACUGUAGAUGGGACCGGAGUAUAUAUAAACCCAUUCAUCCGAGUUGCGUAUACCGAGAAUACAUGGAAGUGGCUCGACUUUUUCAGGAGGUAUGAACGGAUCUUUGCAAACCUGCAAUGGAUUGUGAGCAAGAUCGGAUACCCGGAAUACAACCCUCGCCGUAUCCAUAACGCUGGUCAAAUUGUCCAGGAGAAAGUUUGGGUUAAUGACCAGCAGCACUCAAAUGGCGCCUUCAAAAUGGUGGAGAGGGCAGCGAGCCCGGGAGGUUUCUGCGGUCAGAGACGAAUGUUUGUUAUGAGAAACGAUAUUACUGCAGCAAACAAGAAAGGCGAGAAGAAUUGGGAGAAGAUAAGUGUGCCCUUUUGCCCAGAUCCGCCUUGGCUUAAGCCUGGUAAAAAUGCGCUGGACACACUCACAAAUUCGUAUAAGUGGUAG